UCUAAUCCGUACGUCUCCCCACGACAAACCCUAACCCUAAUUAUAGCACCUGUGAGCUCCUGUCUCGACUCCUGGCGGGAGCUGACUCUUGGCAAGGAGCUCCAUUGCUGCUGUCGUCGUCGCAGCGCCAUGUCCAUCAAGCUCGCAGCCAACGCAACGAAGCCGCCUCACCACCUUUAGCGACAGACCACAGUAACCACCGCACCUCCUUUUUUAUUUCGAUUCAACCCGAGCUUCCGAAGAUUGCCUGGUUCCAACAGUCGUUAUCCCAUUGAACUGCCCAGCCACAGCUGAUCAAUACUCUGUUCCGCCCGCAACGUAACGAGAGGAGAGCAGCAAGCAGUCAAGUCCGACACAAUGGCCUUCCUAAUUCUCGUCAUCGGCGACUUGCAUAUACCCGACCGUGCGCUUGACAUCCCCGCCAAGUUCAAGAAGCUCCUCUCCCCAGGCAAAAUUGCCCAGACGCUCUGCCUCGGCAACCUUACGGACCGGACGACGUACGACUACCUGCGCAGCAUAUCGCCCGACCUCAAGCUGGUGCGGGGGCGCAUGGACGUGGAGGCGGCCUCGCUGCCGCUGACGCAGGUGGUCACGCACGGGUCGGUGCGGAUCGGGUUUUUAGAGGGCUUCACGCUGGUCAGCGACGAGCCGGACGUGCUGCUCGCCGAAGCGAACCGGCUGGACGUGGACGUGCUGUGCUGGAGCGGCGGCACGCACCGGUUCGAAUGCUUCGAGUACAUGGACAAGUUCUUUGUGAACCCGGGGAGUGCGACGGGCGCGUUUACGGCGGAUUGGGCUGGAAAAGGGGACGGGGAGGGGAACGAGGUGGUGCCGAGUUUUUGCUUGAUGGACGUCCAAGGGAUUUCUCUGACGUUAUACGUAUACCAGCUGAGAAAAGGGGAAAAUGGGGCCGAGAAUGUCGCGGUUGAGAAGGUCACAUACACCAAACCCGUCGAGCCGACGGGAUCGUCAUGACGGGCACGCCCUGCCAUUCGGGACCAGAACCAAGCUAGGGGGGAGACAUGACUCAUUUAGAGGUUCCGCAUGGACGGAAACCACGAUACCGACAUGGGCAAGGCGAGACGAGGGAUCGGUAACGGCGCCCUCUAACUUCGCUUCAGGCGGGGAAACAAGGAGCGGACGAAGGUGCGGGCAGCGUUGGCCAGGUUCAAGCCAGCAGGAU